AUCUGUAGUGCAAAACAGCUACACUUAUCAACAAAAUCUUCUCUGUAUUGUUACAUAAUUAUAUGUAACCUAAGUAAAUAAAUGCGAGACUGACUUUGCGAUAGUUUCUCAUUAUUUCACUCUACAUAAGAACAAUUGUAUUUUAGACGAAGAUUUCAUUGCUUUGAUUAUGCAGUUUAAUUCCCAUGGUAUAUGACACUGUUGCUACAUGAAUUUUCGAUUGCUCGUCUGCCUAUCCAUGUGAAUUCAUCCAAUUAAACAUCUAUAUAAGAUGGAAGAAGAAAAUUUGUCAGUAGUUACUUGUGGUUCUCCAUUCAACAAAUAUGUUCUUAAAAUUGACUGUGAUAUGCUGCGUGGUGUUCCAAGUACAAGCUGGGUACUUGAAUCAGAUCCUCAGCAAUGAAAAGAAAGUAGAAACCUCUUUCACAACGAACCACGUACAAAAUCCUCAUCACACUUCAUACAGGGAGCAUCAGGGAUCAUCGCACUAUGAUGCUAGUUUUCCAGGAGGGAGCUCGUAUACUUAUCUAGAACAUCCUCAAAGUAAUCCUAAUACAGAUUCCUACCAUGGUGGUUAUGAUGAAAGUUACGAUGGAGGUUAUGGUGAUGAGUCAGGAAUUCAUGAUAAUCCGAAUUAUCGCUUCAAAUAUGGAGUCGAAGACGAACACACCGGAGACAGAAAAACUCAAUACGAAGUACGCGAAAAUGGCGUGGUAAAAGGUUCCUAUUCACUUGUCGAACCUGAUGGUUCCAUACGUACUGUUGAAUAUACAGCAGAUCCUGUACAUGGGUUCAGAGCUGUGGUGCAUAAAACUGGAGAAAAAUCAGUUGCCUAUGGAGACUGAGGAUGAUACUACGAAAGGAAUGUCUGUAUAUAUUCAAGCUUAAUGAAAAUAAAGAGAUUUUAUAUUUUUGU